GGGAGGUGUGUGUGUGACAGUGAAGACCACUUAAUUCCACCGGAGGUCAUUCACAGAAAGUGAUUUACUGGAGCGCCUGCGCGGCAAAUCGUAACAGAGAGAAUGAGCAGACGAGUGGGCGACCUCAGCCCGAAGCAGGUGGACAUUUUAGCCGAGUUUCGGGACCGGAUUGAGGACGUUCUCCCAGACCUUCCCGCGCAGCAUGACCACUACCUGCUCCGCUGGCUCCGAGCCCGAAGCUUCAAUGUUCAGAAAGCAGAGGCAAUGCUUAGAAAGCAUCUGGAGUUCAGGAAACACAUGAAAGCAGACAGCAUCAUCGCUGACUGGAGGCCUCCUGAGGUGAUCGAACGGUAUGUGUCCGGGGGGAUGUGUGGGUACGACCUCGAGGGAAGUCCCAUCUGGUACGAUGUCAUUGGGCCCCUGGACCCCAAAGGUCUGCUGCUGUCCUGCACCAAACAGGACUUCAUGAGGACCAAGAUCAGAGACACAGAAAUGCUCCGCAGAGAGUGUCAGAAACAGACAGAGAAGUUGGGCGUUAAUGUGGAGACGAUAACCCUGAUCUAUGACUGUGAGGGACUGGGCCUGAAGCACCUGUGGAAGCCUGCUUUAGAGGCCUAUGGAGAGAUUCUUACCAUGUUUGAGGAGAACUAUCCUGAAGGACUCAAGAGGGUGUUUCUCAUCAAGACUCCUAAGCUAUUCCCGAUGGCCUACAACCUGGUCAAACACUUCCUGAGUGAAGAGACACGUCACAAGAUCAUCAUUCUGGGAUCUAACUGGCAGGAGGUGUUACUUAAGCACAUUGACCCGGAGCAACUCCCGGUGGCGUACGGAGGAACCCUUACUGACCCUGAUGGUGACCCUCGCUGUCGAACCAUGAUAAACUAUGGUGGUACGGUGCCCAGGUCGUACUAUGUUCAGGACAAUAUGGUCAAGGUCCAGUACGACAACAGUGUGACCAUCAGCCGAGGCUCCGCCUUCACACUGGAGUAUGACAUCACCACCCCCAGCAGCAUCCUCAGGUGGCAGUUUGCCAGUGAUGGGGCAGACAUAGGCUUUGGGGUGUUCAUGCGGACCCAGGAGGGGGGUGGGGCUCAGAAGGUGGGGGACAUGCUGCAGGUGGUGCCUAGUGAACGCUACAACUCACACAUGGUCCCAGAGGACCGCUCACUCACCUGCCACGAGCCUGGAACUUACGUGCUGCGUUUUGACAACACCUACAGCGUGCUGCAGUCGAAGAAGAUCAGCUAUACUGUCAAUGUUCUACUGCCGGACGGACAGACACAGAGCCCUAGGAGUAUCAGAGGGGGUGGACGGCUGGAGUAACACACACACACACACACACAAAACACACGUACUGACAGACAGACACAGAGCCCUAGGAGUAUCAGAGGGGGUGGACGGCUGGAGUAACACACACACACACACACACAAAACACACGUACUGACAGACAGACACAGAGCCCUAGGAGUAUCAGAGGGGGUGGACGGCUGGAGUAACACACACACACACACACACAAAACACACGUACUGACAGACAGACACAGAGCCCUAGGAGUAUCAGAGGGGGUGGACGGCUGGAGUAACACACACACACACACACACAAAACACACGUACUGACAGACAGACACAGAGCCCUAGGAGUGUCAGAGGGGGUGGACGGCUGGAGUAACACACACACACACACAAAACACACGUACUGACAGACAGACACAGAGCCCUAGGAGUGUCAGAGGGGGUGGACGGCUGGAGUAACACACACACACACACACAAAAACACACGUACUGACAGACAGACACAGAGCCCUAGGAGUGUCAGAGGGGGUGGACGGCUGGAGUAACACACACACACACACAAAACACACGUACUGACAGACAGACACAGAGCCCUAGGAGUGUCAGAGGGGGUGGACGGCUGGAGUAACACACACACACACACACACACACAAAAACACACGUACUGACAGACAGACACAGAGCCCUAGGAGUAUCAGAGGGGGUGGACGGCUGGAGUAACACACACACACACACACACAAAAACACACGUACUGACAGACAGACACAGAGCCCUAGGAGUAUCAGAGGGGGUGGACGGCUGGAGUAACACACACACACACACACAAAAACACACAUACUGACAGACAGACACAGAGCCCUAGGAGUGUCAGAGGGGGUGGACGGCUGGAGUAACACACACACACACACACAAAACACACGUACUGACAGACAGACACAGAGCCCUAGGAGUGUCAGAGGGGAUGGACGGCUGGAGUAACACACACACACACACAAAACACACGUACUGACAGACAGACACAGAGCCCUAGGAGUGUCAGAGGGGGUGGACGGCUGGAGUAACACACACACACACACAAAACACACGUACUGACAGACAGACACAGAGCCCUAGGAGUGUCAGAGGGGGUGGACGGCUGGAGUAACACACACACACACACACACACAAAACACACGUACUGACAGACAGACACAGAGCCCUAGGAGUAUCAGAGGGGGUGGACGGCUGGAGUAACACACACACACACACACACAAAACACACGUACUGACAGACAGACACAGAGCCCUAGGAGUGUCAGAGGGGUGGACGGCUGGAGUAACACACACACACACACACAAAACACACGUACUGACAGACAGACACAGAGCCCUAGGAGUGUCAGAGGGGUGGACGGCUGGAGUAACACACACACACACACAAAACACACGUACUGACAGACAGACAGACACAGAGCCCUAGGAGUGUCAGAGGGGUGGACGGCUGGAGUAACACACACACACACACACACACACACACACACACACACACACACACACACACACACACAAAAACACACGUACUGACAGACAGACACAGAGCCCUAGGAGUGUCAGAGGGGGUGGACGGCUGGAGUAACACACACACACACACACACACACAAAACACACGUACUGACAGACAGACACAGAGCCCUAGGAGUGUCAGAGGGGAUGGAAAGCUGGAGUAACACACACACACAACACACACGUACUGACAGACAGACACAGAGCCCUAGGAGUAUCAGAGGGGGUGGACGGCUGGAGUAACACACACACACACACACACACACAAAACACACGUACUGACAGACAGACACAGAGCCCUAGGAGUGUCAGAGGGGGUGGACGGCUGGAGUAACACACACACACACACACACACACAAAACACACGUACUGACAGACAGACACAGAGCCCUAGGAGUGUCAGAGGGGGUGGACGGCUGGAGUAACACACACACACACACACACACACACACACAAAAACACACGUACUGACAGACAGACACAGAGCCCUAGGAGUGUCAGAGGGGUGGACGGCUGGAGAAACACACACACACACACACACACACACAAAACACACGUACUGACAGACAGACACAGAGCCCUAGGAGUGUCAGAGGGGGUGGACGGCUGGAGUAACACACACACACACACACAAAACACACGUACUGACAGACAGACACAGAGCCCUAGGAGUGUCAGAGGGGGUGGACGGCUGGAGUAACACACACACACACACACACACACACACACACACACACACACACACACACACACACACACACACACACACACACACACACACACACACACACAAAACACACGUACUGACAGACAGACACAGAGCCCUAGGAGUGUCAGAGGGGAUGGAAAGCUGGAGUAACACACACACACAACACACACACACGUACUGACAGACAGACACAGAGCCCUAGGAGUAUCAGAGGGGGUGGACGGCUGGAGUAACACACACACACACACACACACACAAAACACACGUACUGACAGACAGACACAGAGCCCUAGGAGUGUCAGAGGGGAUGGAAAGCUGGAGUAACACACACACACACACACACACACACACACACACACACACACACGUACUGUCAGACAGACACAGAGCCCCAGGAGAGAGGGGCCAGACAUCUGGCAUCACACACAAACACAGGAAUAUGAGUUCUGGGGGAGUGAAGAUAGCAACGUAGAGUAUACAGUGCAGUUUAAACACCACUGUUCUCAGUUAUGAGCAUUAGCUAUUAUGACAGGACAUUUUCCAAUGCUUUUCUAGAAAAAAGGAUCUGUACAAGCAUUUUGUACAAGAGUCAUGUUAGGUUUGAGUUAGGACUAUACGUCUUUGUUUUAUAGUAUUAUGUGAAUGGAAUAGCGACAGUUUUCAGCACAGAAAAGACACUUUGUCAUAUAGGAUACAUUAGUUCAAUGUAAAAAGACAAACGGUGCAUGUGGAAGGAAUGAAGGAAUGAUUAUGAAGUGGAGCAAUGAAUAUAGUUUAGUGUUUUCACUAACGAUGCCUCAUUAACAGUUUCAUUAACAAUUGUAUUAAUUGACAGACGAUAGAUGGGCUACAUAUAUAGGUUGUUGUACUAUUAUAGCAACCCUAAAGAGAUGAUUCUUACACAAUGUUAAGAUGCACUCAUUGUCAAUAGAUCAGUCAUUCUAGAAAGGCUAUCUCUCAUAAUCGUAAAAUCUUUAUUUUCAAAAUGCAAGUUGAAUCCUGAAAAUGUUUAAGAUGUUUCUUGAUCAGAAUUAUGUUCAUAAUAUUCAACUUUUGUAGAAUCAUGACAUUUUAAAUGUUCUUGUACCAUGAUUAUUUUUUUGAAGAAUAAAUGUUAUUUGACUGCUCUAUUUUAAAA